GAACCAGAGUCCAACUUACAGGAAUUCUGACAGCAGACACUCAUGGAAUCGCAGAAGCCCACAAGACGCUGGGGAGAGAUUCUGAUUUCGCUGGUCAUUCUGAUAUCGAUAUGUGUCCCAGGUAUGGAAACUAUGAACUGUGGCAAGACAACAUGUGGACAUGGGACAUCAUGUGUGAAGGGUGGUUGUCGUUGUAAUCAAGGUUAUGCUGGUUUACGGAGUGUGCCUGAAAGUAAUGUGCUAUUUUGUUCCAAGAGUUGUUGGUCUCAGUCUCAGACCUGUCCUGACAAAACUGCGUGUGAAUUGGUACUCCUGUACACGAGGGCUUCGCUGGUAUUCAAACGCCUGUGCGAGUGUUCAUCUAAAGACAGAUCGCCGUCUACAGGAGAAUGUGUGGAUUUUACAGCUGACGGAUGUAGAGGGCGUUGUGGAUACAGGGCGACAUGUGUACAAGGUGUCUGUGGUUGUACCGAAGACUCAGAUAUCCCGAUAUCUUUUCCAGAUAGAUCGCUUCAGUUUUGUCUACAAAGAUGUGGGACUGGAUGGGGCGUGUGUCCUGUCAACACCACGUGUGAAAAGGUCGGUGUAAGAAAUUUGUGUCUUUGCUCAGCUGGAGCACAAAGGUCUGCUAAAGGACAGUGUCUAGAUAUUGACGAAUGUGAAAAAAAGCCAGAGCGAUGUGGCAACAACGCCGUUUGUGUAAACACGGAAGGCAACCACAGGUGCGCCUGUGCAGAGGGAUACAGGCAGAGAGAGGGUAAAGAGGUGGGGUGCAAUCUGGAUAUUGAUGAGUGUACCGAAAAUCCAACCAUAUGUGGUAACAACUCCGUUUGUACAAACACGAUGGGCAACUACACAUGCGCGUGUGCGGAGGGAUACAGGCAAAGAAAGGAUGAAGAGGUGGGAUGCAGUCUGAGUAAGCAAGUAUCAGAUAUUGACGAGUGUACCGAAAAUCAAACCAUAUGUGGUAACAACUCCGUUUGUGCCAACACGGUGGGCAAUUACACGUGUGCGUGUGCGGUGGGGUACAGACAGAGAGAGGGUGAAGAGGUGGGAUGCAAUCUGGUUGUUACUGCCGCAGCUGCAUCUACAGCCGCACCUCCAUCUACAGCCGCGGAUUCCUCAACGUUGACGAUCGGUCUGGCAGUAGGUAUAGGCGGAGUGGUUCUUCUGGCUGUGGUCGCCCUAGCUGUUGUUGUCUCUAGGAGAAAUAUGAGCUCAAGGAACCCUACAACAAGCCAUAACACAGACCACUCCUAUCAAAAUGUCAUUGGUUUGCCAGUACCGGAAAGGACCAGACGCAGUUAUGGCACAGACUAUGGAGCUGUUCCAGAACCGGGAGUGUCAGCGGCUAAUCAGGGACCUGGAUCUGCUGCUGACGUCUCUACCCGUAGUACUAUCCCUCCCUAGAACAUCAGUGAAGAGGCCCUGGCACGGCCAAGCAACGUUUGCGAAACUUUAUACACAAAUCUGACACAGCAUUUUAACUGACUGAAAACGAUUGCUGUAUUGUAACAGUUGCAUACAGCUAGUGGAACGCAACCAAACUGGAUUCCUUACGAAGCAGGAUUACGUUGACAGAAGAGAAAUCUUGGACUGCCCGAAUUGCGCAUGUGUCACCCACAAACUCUACAUCCUAUUUUACAGCUUCAGUAACUCCGAGGAUAAAGACACUAGAAUACGACGAAUUGACUCUUAACCUGUGUUAGUGACACGCCUUGUGAGUGGCAUAGGACCAUGGCAGACCCACAGCUACUAAGCUAUCACUGUGUGGUACUAUAAUGAACUCUGACAAUAAGCUAUAGUCAAAAUACUGUUUGGAAAUCUUUGUGAUGAGUGUUCCAUGGUGGUAGGCCAUAAAUUACUAUCCUGGGACAACCAUGUAAAUAUAUUACAUUAUGUA